AUGAAGCACGUUUGUGAGGAUCGGGAAGGUCAAAGGGUACUUGGUCAAGUGCAGACGGCGCUAAUGCCAACGGCAAACGCCGUAGAUGGCCAUCGCAGGAUGGGAGGCACAGAGGUGAAAGACUCCCCUGCAUCGCCUCCUGGCCAAACGCAGAUUCAUGACCAGCAGAAGCGGCAAGCAUCUGAUUACUCAGAUUGUGGUGGCGGUUGUCUGCCGUUCGACGAUGUGGUGCCCCUCAUCGUGCAUCCGCUUUUCGAAGAGAACCAAUCUCGGUGUGCUCUGCCUGGCCCUCCCGCGCCUCCUCCAAACGUAAGACAGCAAAAGCAAAACCAACAGCUGCUGCACGAACAGCAGCAAGAGCUCCAGAAGCAGCAGCAUGAGUGCUUGCAACAGAUGAGCGAAGAGGGCGAGCUAGCCAUGCGGUGGGAGUGUAGAAUGGUGACCCCAUGCAUGGGAUUGGGAUUGGACUGCCUAUCUGGCGAAGGCUGCGGGCUAAUCUUUUGUGAUCGCCCUUUUUCACUGUUUAGCAACUGCUGCACCGUAGAGUUGCCGAGGCCCUUUCUGAUCAAUUCAAGAAACACGUGCACUACCGCCCAUCCGCUGGGUUCCCAGCCCUCCAUGAGUAUCCCUGGACUCGCUGCCAAAAAUGAGAAGGCGAAAAUCAUGACUCUACUUUCUCCUGCUGAGAAGGGUCUCCCGUUACCACGUGACGAGGAUACCUGUAUAGACACCUCAAUCAAGCCCCUCAAGCUGUGUGUCGCCACGUGGAACACGGAGUAUCAGGAAUUUGCAUCGGAGUACAUAUCCUCGCUGGAAGCUCAGCUUCAUGCCAGAGGGCAAACUCCGACAAAGGGGGCCUCGACACUCGUCAACUUGUAUGAAAGUGAAUCUCAAAGUCUGCAGUACGAGGCAGCGCAGUCCACCACCUCUUCUCUCACUAUUGAUCCAGAUAUUGAGAUGGAGAGCCGCCAGGACAGCUCAAGCGAUGCGAGCACUCACACCGACGAGCCUCCACUCAUCCAAAGACACUCAACACUGUGCCUCAGCAAACCAGGGCCUAAUCAGCAGCCUCUUAAGGACUGGUUACACCCCGGAUACGAUAUAUACGUGGUCACACUUCAGGAAGUCACCAAUGACAAUAUUUUUAGCACCAUUGGCCUCUACCUGGAGGUCGAGCACGGCGAACGCUACCUACGAGUGAACAUCGGGGACGGAAAGAUAUCGGGACUUGGCAAAGGAGCUUGGACAAAGAAGAAAGCUACUUCAUUGGCUUGCUGGAUUCGAAAGUCCGUAUGCGGCCCCCAGGGACCAGUCAAACCACUUGCAUACAAGGCCUUCUCCUUCACAAUGAUAAAUGGGAGCAAGGGUGCAGUUACGCUGGUGCUCAGUAUUUACGAUCAAGUUGUUUGCUUCGUCGGAUGUCACAUGCCGGCCUCAGGCGUUAAGGAGCGGUUACGCGCUCGCCAGCACAUCCGGAAAAAGCUGGGUCAAAUUUAUGGCAGCUCCAUAGACGUCGACUUCGCACGUGUUUUCCAUCACGUCAUUUGGGCGGGGGACUUCAACUUCAGGCUACAGGCCUCGCCGGAAGUGUACAUGCCCCUGCUGCAAAAGCUGGAUAUUAAGGGGCUGCUACAAUACGACGAAUGCACAGAAGAUCAUUGCCAAGACAUGGAACGCCAUCAACUGCGGGAAGCCCCAGUUGAGUUUUUGCCAACGUAUAAGAAAGCCGACGGCCGUCCUCCAUUAGACACAAGCGACCCCGACUGGGUAUUGAAAGAAUACCAGACACAAAUGAAGAAGGGCGUUUUAGGGCAGAAGAUAGUUGAAAGACCCCCUUCUUGGUGCGACAGGGUCUUCUUUUGGUCAAUGGCUGCCGUUGCCGCCAGUCUGCGAGCCAUACCCGGCGCGUACUUUGCUGCCACUCCAAAGGAGACAAGUGUGCUGAUGGCAAGCGACCACUCUCCUGUGGGCUGCGGCUUCUUCCUGUACGCUCUGCGGGGCGAAGGCCCCUUGACUUUCUUUGGGAAAAAAAAAACCCCGGGCCUGGAGCCCAUUCCAAAUAAUGCAGCAUCAGGCGAUACCGGCGCGAACUCAAAAACUCUCACAGCACCGGAGUUUUCAUCACACGCAGACGCAGUAAGAGCAAGUGCGAAACAAGCACUUAUGUACGAAUAUGCUUUGAACGACACAGCACCGUAUGUACCAGAGUGGGUGCUGCACCAGCGAAUUUAUAAAAGGAAUGUUGGAAUACCAACUCGACCAAAGUGA